UGCGCUACCCUCGAAAAUAUUGAUAUUCAAUCAUGCAUUCCUGUUAUUUAGUCUGUUUCUAUACUAAAUUGUUUAAUCUUGGUUUGAUGUUCAUGUUAUUGGCAUUUAUCUCCAAAUGUUCGCACCAAAACUGAUGUUUGCCGCGAAAAAAUUGAAUUUGAUUUAGAUAUUGUGAUUUAGAAAAAAUACGUUUUCGGUUGUAAACUUAUAAAGGCAAACAUACUACGAGCUACUCAGAGUACUAGUAAUUUUCUUGUGGGUUGUUGACAUCUUGACGGAUACCCGCUGCGUUAUCCACACAUAGAAUGAACGUGGGAUUGCUGAUCGCCGCGCACGUAUUGUGUGUCGUGAACAUAGCCCAAGGACACGGAUACAUGAUCGACCCACCGGCAAGGGCCAGCGCAUGGAGGGAGUUUCCGGGUCUCCCUAGAAACUACGACGACAACGCCAUACGAUGUGGCGGGACCAGGAUACCGGCGGACGGUCACGGGCGCUGCGGUGUGUGCGGGGACCCGUUGGGCAUGCCGCAAGACAAUGAGGCGGGAGGAAGGUUUGCCACGGGAUUAAUCGUCCGCCAUUACAAGAUGGGUCAAAUAGUUACGAUGAAGGUGAUAAUAACUGCCAACCAUUUGGGUUGGCUCGAGUUCAAGAUCUGCCCCAACAAUGACGUCAGAAAGCCUGCAACACUCGAGUGCCUCGACAAACACGUGCUUCAACGAGCAGACGGUUUAGGCUCAAGGAUUAAUAUCACCCCCAUGCACACAGGGGAGUACAAAGCCGACUACAGGCUGCCAGACGGAAUGGUUUGUUCUCAGUGUGUCGUACAGUGGCGCUACCAUACAGGCAACAGCUGGGGUGUUGACCCGAACGGCAAAGCGUGUAUAGGAUGCGGAGAACAGGAAGAGUUUUACGGCUGUGCUGACGUCAGCAUCAAUAGCGAUGGGCUUCCGGUGGCACGUACAGAGACGCCCCAGCCCAACCCCCCUCAGACCACGUACAUCACCAAGGUCGUCUGCAAGGCCAUCAACCUGUGGGCUGGCAAUGAAUACCUGGACAGAUGGUGCUCUGACUCAUGCGCGCGUGGAAACUGUGCACCAGAUGCAUGCAAGUGCUCUGAGGUUCAGCAGGUUAUAACGUUCACCACGACCCAGCCACCAAGCGCCGGAAGGAAAUAACUUUAACAAGUGGUGUCAAGAUACGUGCGACAGGGGCCACUGUUCGGUCGAUUACUGUAUCUGCCACUUCAAGUGAACGGAAACCUUUUGGGAGACGCUGGGAAACUAAGUUUGAUUGUGUAUUUGUUUUGAAUGUUGAUGAUGUUCAUACGAAACUGUUGUUUUGUGUACGUGUUUAGGUUUAUGAAGUAUUUUAAGUAACAUCGACCUCUUUAUCAAAUAUAUUCGUACUUUGUCUUUUUUACCAUAUGCUUUAAGCCACGAACAUCAGUUUCUCUCUAUGCCUUGAACAGUAGUGUAUGAUAUCUUCAAAUACGGUUUUAUGAACGUAGGAUAGUGUCUACUUUCAAAAUUUACACAAUAUCGAAACCAGUUAACUGCGUUUUUAUUUAAGUUUGACAAUGCCAUGUUUAUAUUUAUUUCGAUUGCAAAAUUAAAUUGUUAGGAGCAAAAUUCAUUCAAAUCGUAAUAUCUGAUUUAUACGCUUAUAUUUUCACAUUUAAAUUGCUUAUAAAUAAAAUUAUCACAAUCUAAA